CGUCGCCCCCACGAACACAACUGUGGACCCUUUCCUGACCUACACGUGUCCUAACGAAUGUGUCUGCUACAUUGUCAAUGACGUAAGAAUUUGUUAGCUACUAAACAAACUAGGUUUUGGAGAACCUGCGGUCUAAAUGUGGCCGCAUGCGGCCUCCGAGGUCUUCAUGUGCGCCUUUUGACUUGAUGCAAAUUUUUAUAGAGAAACCAGACAUUCUAUUUGGUUUAAAUUUACUUGGCUUGAAUGCAGUUCUUUAAUUUAUAUUAUUUGGUUUAAAACAUAAAGCAGACUCAAUUUCCAGAAAGAAAAGACAACAGCGCGGCGACAUGCAUUGACAGACUAGUAGUUCGGCUGGUAUACAAAAAGAAUAAAUGUAUUUAUUAAUUUAAAAAAAUAUAUAUAUACUAUCCCUGCCACUCGCUUACCCAGAUUUAACUUUCAACCUAAAAAUGAGAAUCCAAGGCAGUGAAGACAAAUUGAGUGUGUUGAGCUGAAACUAUCUGCCUCAAGUGUUUACAGGCAUCAACACAUCGGAAGCAGCUAUGGGUUGAAUAUUAUGAGCGUCUGUGUCUGUGCGUCAUUUAUUUCAGACUUAGCAUCCAUUGUUUAAACUGACGUGUUCCUGGUUAAACAUCUUCGCUGUCUAUUUGCUAUACAUUGUCUGUAACAUUUCCGAGCAUUUGUAACAGCAUUACCUUAAUUUUAAGCGAAAUAAUAUAUUUUUUUUACAAAAUAUAUAUAUUUGUUUAAAGAUUUUGAUGAAUUUAGUGAGCGGAUCGCCCCAGUUCUUUUGACGGUCUGAUCAAACUACGGCGUAUUAAAUUAAAGAGAUAUCGAUCGAAACGUGCGACGUGAUUUUAAGAGAAUUUUAAGGUUUAACUAGACAAAAUGGCGGCCGCAAAAGCGGGAACUUCCCAUCCACUAAAGUUACCUGACAAAAAGAUGCAUUCAAGGAAUGCACUUUAGAAGAUUUACAAUUAGUGCUACUCCCUCCCUCCAUCCCCCGUGCGCCCCCGCCCCUGGAUUAACUAUAUUGAUGUACUAAUGCCCCCACCCCCUAUGACACCGCACAUUUAUUACAAAAACUUGUUCCGCCGUACAAAGGAAAAUAUUACAUUUAAACUUCCAGAUAACCGUUGUGGGGAAUUUUAUUUUGAGCGCUAUUGAACCUUAACGUUGAUGACGAACUUUGUCAUCUGACGGACAUUGUCCUAUGGGGGACUGCGCAUUUCGAUGCGUGAUGUACUACAGUUAAAAGUAAAAUUUUAUACAACUCUCUUGCGCCACUUAAAUGAGAGUAUCUUUGAACAAAUAUCUUUAGUGUUUCGAAAUUGUAACAUUUUGAAAUGCUAUGUCUUUAAAUGUUUUGCUGCAUAUCUUGAGCCGAUUUACUGAAGUUGGUUCUACGGUCUCAUUUAACCACGGCAUAUUCACUACGGUCUCAUUUAACCACGGCAUAUUCACUAAGGUCUCAUUUAACCACGGCAUAUUCACUAAGGUCUCAUUUAACCACGGCAUAUUCAUUAAGGUCUUAUUUAUUGUUCUGUUUGAUUUGUUCUCAAUAAUUUAUAAGCUUAAUAAUGAAAGCGAGUAAGCAUCGCCGCUGCCACUGAAACGAGAGUAUCAUUAUACAAAUAGCAUUUGUGCAUGGACAUCUUCACAUUUAAGUUUAUAUUCUUUUGUCUUUUCUUUGUCUCUCUGUUUAAAUAUCAGGCAGACUUAGACCAGAAAUUAUGAAUGAUCUGGAGUGUAAUAUAUUUAAGACAGAAAAAAAGGCGCUUAUAUGUCUUGUCAGUAAACUUUUCCUAUUAUCGCCUUUUCUAUCAUUUUGUGAUGACGUAAUUAUAACAUAAGAAUGAUGACGUAAUUAUAAAAUAAGAGUGAGGAUGGAAGUGUAACAUAAGGGUGAUGACGCAAAUAUAACAUAAGAGUGAUGACGCAAGUGUAACAUAAGGUGAAUACGCAAGUGUAACAUAAGAGUGAUGACGCAAGUGUAACAUAAUGAUGAUGACGCAAGUAUAACAUAAGAGUGAUGACGCAAGUAUUAAUAAGGGUGAUGACGUAAGUAUAACAUAAGGGUGAUGACGCAAGUAUAUCAUGAAAGUGAUGACGCAAGUAUAACAUGAGAGUGAUGACGCUUCUUUUGAAAACAAAGUACAACGAAGGGUAAACUGCAAGGCUAGUUAUCUUUAUUUGGAUUGUCUUGAUUCUUUAACUAUCUCACAGACUCCAAAUACUUACAACGAUUUUACAUAGUUGCCAGAGCUAAUCUCAAUAGCCUUUUAAAAUGAUAAAAAUUGCACCUCAGCGAGUUUGUAAACAAAAAAUCAUGAUAAAAUGCUCUUAAAUAAAUGUUGCUGACGUUAAAUAUUGCAUGUUGAAGUUGUAUAUAGCAACACAGUGCGAUGGACGCACCUUCUAUUUCAAGGCACGUAUUCACAGAUGUGCCCCAAGGGCAUUCGACAGUCGCCAUCAUUCAGUCCAUUCCCAGACUUCGCGUAGAUGUAUUCACAGCAAUCUUCCCCGUAACUGUACGCGUCGUCCGGUUGGUUUGCGCGAAAUAAAACCGUUUGAUCGGCCGUCAUGCGUGACCCGUCCGACCAGACGAACUCACCUUCGACCUGAAUGUCGCUGAGGCCGACCCAGGCGCGGAGGGUCGAAUUGUUGAAGCUUUUCAUCAACUCGAGAACGAGGCUGUUCCUUUCCGUUGUUUUGACGGUCAGCAGGCGGCCGUGGUGAGCGAUGCAAUCUGAGGAGGCUACAGAAUACGUCAUUUCCGCCCACACCACUCUAGCACACAGCUCCGAUAACCCGAAAGAAGUCAAGAAGUAUCCAAGUUUCCCAUCGCAGUAAAAUCUACCGGUCGUGUACAUGGUUUGUCCCGGUGAAGGUUUAACCCCAACAGUGAGCAGUCGACCUCCGAAGACGCAGUCGAACUUGACCUUGUCGAAGAUGAAAGCUUCACACCCGGGGUCGUAUUCGCUACAUAGCGACGCGCAACUGGUCACUGUUGGGGCUCUGGUCAAUUCAUUUAAAGGCAGCAUUCCGUAGUUGGUUGCUCCAUUCAUUUUGUGGAAUUUUUUCCCCACCAAUGAACACAAUGGAAGGACGAAGAUGCCAGCCAACACGAGUGUGAGUGUUUCUUUACCUAAAAGAGAAAGGCAACUGCAGCUGUACUGGCGUCGUUCCGACAUAUUGACCAGGGGCUCUUGGUCUGAGCUCUCUGUUGUGAUGAAGGAAAAAAAAAACUCAAGCAAAAAAACAUUAGUUAUUCCUCUUGUCGAAUUGUAUUCAAUGAGACUAGAUAAUGGUUUAAGAAUGAUUUGCUGUAGUUAAAUUGACCAUUAAUUGUUGUAACAUCAAACGGCUUAGUCGUUAUGUUGACACUAGUGCUGUUAAACUGUGUAAACCAACUCAAUUUAUUUUUUUUUUCGGAUUCGGUAUUCAACUUUGACAGAACCCAAUAAACCGUAAAACUGUGGUAUUGAACUGUGACAGUAAUAUUUGCGGAAAGUGCAAUGUCUUUUAGUAAUAGGUCCUAAAUUCAGAAUAUAAAAUAUUGAUGACUGACGUCAAAAGCGUGCGACAAAAUUACGAGCCAAAAAUCAGUAAAGAGAAAGUAUCAUACUCUCACUGUUAUAUGAAUAUAUUAAUCAACAUCAAAUUUAAUGGAUUCCUUGAGUAUUAUGGCUAUCUCCUCUUUGAUCAUUCGCUGCAGGCGCCUAAAAUAAAAACUUUUUUUUUUCUAACACCUUCUUUUUAAUAACUAUACUUUUUUUUCCCCUGGAGCAGUGAAUUAAAAUGUAUAUAGUAAACGUUUAAAUCAUUUCCCGUACCUUAUAUCCAAAAGAAACAGACACGCAUCAGGUAACAACCUAACUAUGGUUGUGGCCGGCUAGACUAAAAUCGUCCAGAAAACCUCAGAUUUAAACAUUUACACCGAGAGCCGUCUGCUUCGGACGACAUGUCCCACUUCAGAUGACAAAAAACACAACUUUCUGCAACAAAGGAAAUACAAAUUGAAACAAGAAACUCUUUGAGUAUUUGAUUUGUUGGUCAGCAUUGUUGGCGCUAACAUUGAACACAAAUAAAAACUCUGCGUUUCAAUAGUCUUAAUCUCAAGGCGCUUUUCAAAUCUGAGUGUUACAAAUGGUGGGCAAACAUAAAAAAGGCUGUUUGCUCUCUCUCUCUCUCUCUCUCUCUCUCUCUCUCUCUACCCACUGCUGAGAUCCCAAACGACGGCGUAUGAGAACUUCAUCAAAUGGCAGAUAGAAGGUUCUUGUGGGACGUCAGAGAAGGUUCUUGUAGGAUGUAACAUAGAAGUUUCUUGUAGGACGUAAGACAGAAAGCUCUUGUAGGAUGUCAGAGAGAAGGUUCUUGUAGGACGCCGGAUAGAAGAUUCUUGUAGGACGUCAGACAGAAGGUGCUUGUAGGACGUAAGAUAGAAGGUUCUUGUAGGACGUCAGAUAGAAGGUUCUUGUAGGACGUCAGACAGAAGGUGCUUGUAGGACGUCAGAUAGAAGGCUCUUGUAGGACGUCAGAUAGAAGGUGCUUGUAGGACGUCAGAAAGAAGGCUCUUGUAGGACAUAAGAUAGAAGACUCUUGUAGGACGUAAGAUAGAAGGCUCUUGAAGGACGUAAGAUAGAAGGCUCUUGUUGGACGUAAGAUAGAAGGCUCUUGUACGACGCCGGAUAGAAGGUUCUUGUAGGACGUCAGAUAGAAGAUGCUUGUAGGACGUCAGAUAGAAGGCUCUUGUAGGACGCCGGAUAGAUGGUCUAGAAGGACGUUUAUUUAUUUUAAAAAAGUCAUCAUGUGUAUAGAAUGGUUUUUACACCACAGACCUCAGGAUACCUAAUGAUAAAUACACCACUUACCUCGGAAUACUCAGUGCUAGUUUUUACACUUAGCUCCAGAUACUCAAUAGUAGUUGUAGUGCAGACUCCCCAACCCUAAGACCUGUACGUGGUAACGUUUGGUGACACCGAAUGAUUUGGUACACUAAGAACUGUACCUGGUCUCGUUUUGGUGACAUCGAAUGAUUUGGUACCCUAAGAACUGUACCUGGUCACAUUUGGUGACAUCGAAUAAUUUGGUACCCUAAGAACUGUACCUGGUCACGUUUGGUGACAUCGUAUGAUUUGAUACCCUAAGAACUGUACCUGGUCACGUUUUGGUGACAUCGAAUGAUUUGGUACCCUAAGAAAUGUACCUGGUCAUGUUUGGUGACAUCGUAUGAUUUGGUAUUAAGAACUGUACCUGGUGACUUUUGGGUAAAGGUCCACUAUAUUAGGUACACACAAUUUCAGUGUUGUGUGUUCCAUUCGCCCCUUGUUUAUAAAUGAGGGGGCAGAUAGUGGCGUAGCUAAUAGGGUUAAUGCCGCGGGGGGGGGGGGUCGAGAAUUUUACCGCCCCCAUCCACAAAAAACAAUGGUAAAGGUCCACUAUAUUAGGUACACACAAUUUCAGUGUUGUGUGUUCCAUUCGCCCCUUGUUUAUAAAUGAGGGGGCAGAUAGUGGCGUAGCUAAUAGGGUUAAUGCCGCGGGGUGGGGGGGGGUCGAGAAUUUUACCGCCCCCAUCCACAAAAAACAAACUCAAACUGAAAAUGCCGCCCCUCUCCGUAAAGACAAAGGAAGUGCCAACCGGGGAGGACCAUCCCCUCCGCCACCCCCUUCCUACGACGCUGGGGCUUGUCUACAAUAUCAUCAUUGGUAAUGAGCAACGUUAUUUCUUGCCCAUAUGUAAUUGCUUGCCAUUUUGUUGUCUAUACAUCAUGUUAAGUGUAAACUGGUUACACACUUAUUAUUUAUCUCUUUUUUUGUGUGAUCAGUGUCUUUAUAUCAUUUGAAAUGCCACUUCACACAUAUAUAUAUAUGUAUAUAUAUAUAUAUAUGUAUAUGUAAUGUAUAUAUAUAUAUAUAUAUAUAUAUAUAUAUAUAGCUGUCAUAAUUACGCCAACGAAUGUCAUCUGCAUUGUGGCAGAUUGUUACAACUUAGCUACUAUUGUGACUAUGUCCAUAACUUAGCAGUCAUUGUAACUAUAUCAACAACUUAGCUGUCAUUGUGACAGACAGUUACAACUUAGCUUUCACUGUAACUAUAAUGCCACAACCAUUUGUCUCCUUGUUUCAGACGGUGCAUAUGAUCUACGUCAAUUGCACCAUUCAGCACUUCUCGCCAACCUUCCUGCCUUCAAGGACUUUACUCAACACCAUUUCCCAUCCGCUAACGGGAUAUGCACUCUUUAUUUGUGCAUUUAGGUAAGACACUGUAUUCCCCAUGAGUGCAUUUGGAUAAGCCACUGCACUCCAAUGAGAGCAUUCGAUGACAAUACGCCCAUAUAUAAUGCAUGUACUUAAAGGCUAGAAAAAAUACAAAGUGCAUUAAGUUCAGACAAUAUACACCACUGUGCAUUCAGGUGAGACAAUACCUGCAUUUUAUUUACGGUCAGACAAUACACACAUGUGCAUUUGGAUUAGAUAACACUGUCACGCUUACGCACAUGCACACACACACACACACAUAUACACACAACACACGCACAUAUACACAUAGACGCCGGCUAAAAUAGCUAGAAUAGUUAGUAGACGCAGUAAAGUGACUAGCAGACGCAGUAGAAUGACUAGCUGAAGCAGUAAAGUGAAUAGCUGACGCAUUAGAAUGACUAGCUGACGCAGAAGAAUGACUAGCUGACGCAGUAGAAUGACUAGCUGACGCAGUAGAAUGACUAGCUGACGCAGUAGAAUGACUAGCUGACGAAGUAGAAUGACUAGCUGACGCAGUAGAAUGACUAGCUGACGAAGUAGAAUGACUAGCUGACGCAGUAGAAUGACUAGCUGAAGCAUUAGAAUGACUAGCUGACGCAGUAGAAUGACUAGCUGAAGCAUUAGAAUGACUAGCUGACGCAGUAGAAUGACUAGCUGACGCAUUAGAAUGACUAGCUGACGCAGUAGAAUGACUAGCUGAAGCAUUAGAAUGACUAGCUGACGCAGUAGAAUGACUAGCUGACGCAGUAGAAUGACUAGCUGACGCAGUAGAAUGACUAGCUGACGCAAUAGAAUGACUAGCUGAAGCAUUAGAAUGACUUGCUGACGCAGUAGAAUGUCUAGCUGACGCAGUAGAAUGACUAGCUGACGCAGUAGAAUGACUAUAGUUGACGCAGUAGAAUGACUAGCUGACGCAGUAGAAUGACUAGCUGACGCAGUAGAAUGACUAGCUGACGCAGUAGAAUGACUAGCUGACGCAUUAGAAUGACUAGCUGACGCAGUAGAAUGACUAGCUGACGCAGUAGAAUGACUAGCUGACGCAGUAGAAUGACUAGCUGACGCAGUAGAAUGACUAGCUGACGCAGUAGAAUGACUAGCUGACGCAUUAGAAUGACAAGCUGACGCAGUAGAAUGACUAGCUGACGCAGUAGAAUGACUAGCUGAUGCAGUAGAAUGACUAGCUGACGCAUUAGAAUGACUAGCUGACGCAGUAGAAUGACUAGCUGACGCAGUAGAAUGACUAGCUGACGCACUAGAAUGACUAGCUGACGCAGUAGAAUGACUAGCUGACGCAUUAGAAUGACUAGCUGACGCUGUAGAAUGACUAGCUGACGCAGUAGAAUGACUAGCUGACGCAGUAGAAUGACUAGCUGACGCAGUAGAAUGACUAGCUGACGCUGUAGAAUGACUAGCUGACGCAGUAGAAUGACUAGCUGACGCAGUAGAAUGACUAGAUGACGCAUUAGAAUGACUAGCUGAUGCAUUAGAAUGACUAUAGCUGACGCAGUAGAAUGACUAUAGCUGACGCAGUUGACUCUUUAGUAAAUGAGCUGCUGAUGCUGCCAUUGAUCCAUUUGUGAUGCCAGCUUUUAAAAUUGAAAUCAAAAGAGUUAAAUCCCAUUUUACAGUAUUUAUUGAAUGCCCUCAUUGGUGUUGAUAAUUCUAAGAGCUGGCUAGCAAUGUAACUUGAGAUAAAAAAAUGCUAUUAAUUUUUUCUAGACUGUAUUUUCAAUAGAGCUCAAUAGCCUAUUGAUAGGACUUUUUUUUCUAUGUUAUUAUUUCAAACGAAUGCAUCAUCACAUAGCUGGACUUAUAAUUUCCAAAAUAUCUGUAGCAAAAUCAAUUGGAAUGAAGAACCCCCAGAAUCAAGCCUAUGGGAUGGCGCCUUUGAAAAAGUGAUCAACCUAAAGAGGUUAACUUUUGAGAAAUGUGCUUUUAAAAGGUUGACAAGGUUAGUCCUGGCGUGACUUAGCUGCUGUCUAACAUUUAACAAAGGCACACUUGUUUUUUUAAAUUUAUUUUUUUGUUAUGGCAAUACGAAGCAAAGAUAUUUCCAAUUGAAUGAGCGUAAUUUUUUAAAAUGUAAAUGUGUGUGCUAUAACUUUAUUAAAAAAAAACAACAACUUAUUACAAGAUAAUUAUUUGUAUUCAUCGUCCUUAAUCUGGGAAUUUCAAAUACAAUAAAUUUAAUUUAGAUACAUUUAUUUAAAAUGAUGCACUUCGAUACGGCAAUCGCUUAUAUUUCUUGCAUCUUGGUUCUUACAGAAAUGCUUUUCGGGGCCUCGACCACCUGAACGAGCUAGUCGUCAGUCAUGCAACACUGAAAGAGCUUGGUCCAGACUUCCUAACCGAUCUGAAGUCGUUAAAAAAACUGGAGAUAUCCUACAGCGGCUUGAGAAACUUCGUUCCCGUGUGCUCGAUGGAUCGCCUGGAGGUUCUCAACUUAACAGGAAAUCACGUGACCUCUUUUGAGAACCUCGGCGUCCGCUGUGACUCCACUCCUCGGAUGACCAUUGAAACUCUAGACGUCAGCAAUAAUUUAAUAAGCGACAUCCCUAAAUGGUUGUCUCACUCUCUGCCAAACCUUUACUACCUGUACCUGUCCGGAAAUCAAAUCUCGGAGUACGACUCCUACGAGCAUCCGUUCGAAAACUUCAACAACCUGUACCUGCUUGACUUGUCCAACAAUUCCUUCACCGAAUUCGAAACGGGUUUGAUGAAAGGCUGUCCAAAUCUUCGCAUACUGUCGUUGUCUAAAAACGCGGUGCCUAACCUUUCAAGGGGCUUUUUCAGUCCUAUCCCUAACCUAGUGGUCCUGGAGUUGUCUGAGAUGGGAGUUGAUGAUUCAGUUUGGUUAGAAAUCGAACCCAUGAAGCAGCUGAGAAACUUGAACCUGGCAUCUAAUCAGCUGACCACCGUAAAUGUGACGGUCACGCCUCAGCUGAGUUUAGAAGGACUCGAUCUGAGCCACAAUAAAAUAACCAGACUUCCGGCAGAAUUGUUUCAGGGGAAUAUGACCCAUCUGGACCUGUCCUACAACAGAAUCCUCGCCCUCCCAAGCUCUACAGUAGGGAAGCUUUCCCUGGCUCAACUUGACCUCAGCCACAAUAACAUUUCAUCGUUGGAAGUUGACGCCUUAAAGCGCAUGGACGAGCUCACACUUCUCAACGUCAGUUUCAAUGAUUUGACCUACAUACUGCCCAAAUCCUUUGAUUCUUUGGAGAAGUUGAAGCAUCUUGAUCUUGCAAACAACAAGCUGGCCUGGCUUGGUGGAGAUCUGUUCACCAAGACAAAGCAAUUAGUUCAUUUAAAUAUGUCUCACAACGACCUUCAGCAGAUUCCCUUGCUAAAUGCCGCAGAGUUCCUACACUAUGUUGACGUCAGCUAUAACAGAAUUUCAAGCUUAGUUCCUUCAACCCUGCAAGACCUUCGCGAGCUGACCAUGGUUAUUUUAAGCCACAAUAAUCUGUCUUCUCUGCCAUUUAGAAUGUUUAAAGGGUGCGAAAAACUGAGGAUGAUUGAUCUGUCUUAUAAUGCACUGAAGAGCCUGGACAGUGACAUUUUCAAAAGUGCUGCAAAAGUCACAGAGAUUGACCUAUCCAACAAUGAGCUGACUGCAACAAGUGAUGCCUUUAAAGACCUAGGCAAUUUGAAAGUGCUGAAAUUAUCCUACAAUCUUAUUACAGGCAUUUACAGAGGACCGUUUCCGAAUUCCAUAGAAUAUUUGGACCUGAAAAAUAACAAAAUUACGCAAAUAUUAGCACACACUUUUAAAACUUUCUCCAAUCUCCGAAGUGUAGAUCUGAGUGGCAAUAAGCUAACCUCCAUAUCCCGUUCUGAUAUGGAGAUUGCAUUAAACAUGGUGAAUAGCCCUUUAUUCAUUCUCAGCUACAACCCACUGGUCUGUGACUGCAAACUUGGCUGGCUGAAGGAAUGGUUGGAAGGGACAUUAAAAGAUGUGGGCAAUCUACCCAAUUUUCAAACUAGUCUCAAUUAUGGCUGUGAGUCCCCAUUCUACUCUCAGAAGAAACCCUUAAACCAGCUCCGGAGGGAGGAAUUUCUCUGCAACUACACCAAACACUGCGAGGAGUCAUGCGUGUGCUGCGACUACGAUGCCUGCUACUGCAAAUACAUGUGUCCGGGCGCUUGCCAGUGUUAUAUCGGAGGCGACCUCCAUGUUCAUCAGGUGCACUGUCAGUCAGCGGGUCUCUUAAAUAUCCCCACUGGGCUGCCUGAGGGAGCCACUCAGCUGUGGCUGGACGGCAACGCCAUAGAAACCUUGCAGCAGUACACGUUCCUGGCCUUAAAGCACGUGAUGGAGCUCUACCUCAACCACAGCGAGAUCAGAGCAAUCCAGAACAACACUUUUAAAGGUCUCAAGUCCGUCAAAGCUUUGUACUUGAAUGACAACAAACUAACAGCUUUGCAAUCAGUUGCCUUCAGAGGUUUAGACAGCCUUGAACGGUUGUACCUUCACAACAAUGACAUUUUCUUUAUCAACCCGCAGGCUUUUCUCUCACCCCCCAAUCUCUAUCUGAUGGAUUUAUCAGGGAAUGCCCUCAUUACUCUAUCUAUAGAUGCACUGUGGAGCUUCACAAAUCGUUCGGCAGAAUUUGGUUUUAAGGUCAGACUUUCAUUAAGCAGAAACCCUCUAAGCUGUGAUCCCGAGUUUGCUUGUAAAUUUCUGUUAUUUAUGCAGGCCAACAAUGACUUUAUUGAAGACAUUUCCAAAAUUGAAUGCAUUCCUUCCAGCACAACUGAUAAAACAUCACACUUCAGCCCUGGUGGGGUUUUACUAUUGGAUUAUCAACGUGAACUUUGCAGUGAAAACCAGACCAGCUAUGCUAAUAUGUCUAGGAACGUUUCUCACUCAUCGUCGGCCAAGGCCGAAACAUAUGCUCUCAUUGCAGCCUGUGUGGUCAUAGCUUUUGGUCUUGCCCUGCUGAUCGUCGCCUACAUGAACAGAAACUUUCUUCAAGUUCUUUGCUUUACCCGCUUCGGUCUCAGGGUUUUUAAGAUGGCCAAAGCGGCCGAUGAUAAUGAGAGACCUUACGAUGCAUUCAUAUCCUACAGCAACAAAGACGAAGAGUUUGUCAUUCAGCAACUUGCGCCCAGGCUUGAGAACGGCGACAAGAAGUUUAAACUCUGUGUGCAUUACAGGGAUUUCCCCGUAGGCGCUUGCAUUGCUGAGACCAUUGUUAGAAGUGUCGAAGCAAGCAAGAGGACAAUUUUAGUAGUGUCCGACAACUUUCUUGACUCUGAGUGGUGUCGUUUUGAGUUUCAGACUGCCCAUCAGCAGGUUCUCAGCGAGCGUAGGAACCGGGUGAUUUUAAUCCUUAUGCAUGACUUAGAUUCUGAGAAACUGGACAGCACUCUAAAAGUGUACAUGAGGACAAGGACAUACCUAAAGUAUGAUGACCCGUGGUUCUGGGAGAAGCUGAUGUUCGCGAUGCCUGACAUUCGCCAAAGAAAGCAGGAUGAGACUUUGAGACAGCCAAGCAUCCAUGGGAUUGAAUACAUGCCACAGGAAAGGCAGAUCCCAGGGCAGCACCAACAGGGGCGAGUACAUAUCCAUGGCAGUGGUCACCGCUGUGAGACCAUUCACAAUGACCUGUAUGAGAUUCCCAUCCUGGAUUCCAACAGCGUCCACUACCAGCUGGCCAACGGUAGUUGCGGAAGUACACACACCAACUCUGCAUUCCACAACUCAGAUGGUAGUGACACCACAUCGGGCUAUCACAAUGGCUCUGUGAGUGGCAGCUAUGGACAUUAUGAAGAAGUAGGUCCUGGCUCAAGCUCUGUGCAGAGUACCCCUCACAGGUUUGUUGGAGCGCCUCCACCUGUACCCUUGAUACCAAUAGAAGGAUUCCUUCCAAUGGUUAAAGUAAAAAAUGCAUACAUUUACAACUUGUAA